GAAGAGGUCGGGCCGACGUGUGGACUCCAUUUCCCGGAGACCCAGCGUGCGCGGUGCAUGCGCAGUGUCACAGCAGCGCACGGAAGAUGGCGGCGGCGUCCGCGCAGAGGCACUGCUGAGGGGGCGCGAGGGGGACGGAGGCCGGCGCCGCGGGAGAACUGGCCAGCAGCUAUGGCAGGCAGUGGUGGGGACAGCGUCACUCGCCGGAGCGUGGCGUCCCAGUUUUUCACACAGGAGGAGGGGCUCGGCAUCGAUGGCAUGACCACCUCAGAGAGAGUGGUGGAUCUCCUGAAUCAGGCAGCACUGAUCACCAACGACUCAAAGAUCACAGUGCUCAAACAGGUCCAGGAACUGAUCAUCAACAAAGAUCCCACACUCCUGGACAACUUCCUGGAUGAGAUCAUCGCUUUCCAAGCAGACAAGUCCAUUGAAGUGCGCAAAUUUGUCAUCGGCUUCAUCGAGGAGGCAUGCAAGCGAGACAUUGAGUUACUGCUGAAACUGAUCGCCAACCUCAACAUGCUCUUGAGGGAUGAGAAUGUGAAUGUGGUGAAGAAGGCCAUCCUCACCAUGACUCAGCUCUAUAAGGUGGCACUGCAGUGGAUGGUGAAGUCACGGGUCAUCAGCGAGCUCCAGGAGGCCUGCUGGGACAUGGUGUCUGCCAUGGCUGGGGACAUCAUCCUGCUGUUGGACUCUGACAACGACGGCAUCCGCAUCCAUGCCAUCAAGUUUGUGGAGGGCCUCAUCAUCACCCUGUCGCCCCGUAUGGCUGACUCGGAGGUGCCCCGACGCCAGGAGCAUGACAUCAGCCUGGACCGUAUCCCUCGUGACCACCCCUACAUCCAGUACAAUGUGCUAUGGGAAGAGGGCAAGGCAGCUUUGGAGCAGCUGCUCAAGUUCAUGGUGCACCCCGCCAUCUCCUCCAUCAACCUGACCACUGCGCUGGGCUCCCUUGCCAAUAUCGCUCGCCAGAGGCCCAUGUUCAUGUCUGAGGUGAUCCAGGCCUAUGAAACCCUGCAUGCCAACCUGCCCCCAACCCUGGCCAAGUCUCAGGUGAGCAGCGUUCGCAAGAACCUCAAGUUGCACCUGUUGAAUGUGCUGAAGCACCCGGCCUCCUUGGAGUUCCAGGCCCAGAUCACCACCCUGCUGGUGGACCUGGGCACACCCCAGGCGGAGAUCGCCCGCAAUAUGCCCAGCAGCAAGGACGCCCGCAAGCGGCCCCGGGACGACUCGGACCCCACACUCAAGAAGAUGAAGCUCGAGCCCAACCUGGGGGAAGAUGACGAAGACAAGGAUUUGGAGCCAGGCCCGUCGGGGACCUCCAAGGCCUCUGCUCAGAUCUCAGGCCAGUCAGACACAGACAUCACAGCCGAGUUCCUGCAGCCUCUCCUAACGCCCGACAAUGUGGCCAAUCUGGUCCUCAUCAGCAUGGUGUACCUGCCCGAGGCCAUGCCUGCCUCCUUCCAAGCCAUCUAUACCCCAGUGGAGUCAGCAGGCACUGAAGCCCAGAUCAAGCACCUGGCUCGGCUCAUGGCCACACAGAUGACGGCUGCAGGACUGGGGCCAGGUGUGGAACAGACCAAACUGUGCAAGGAGGAGCCUAAGGAGGAGAAGGUGGUAAAGCCGGAGAGCGUCCUGAUCAAGCGACGCCUGUCAGCCCAGGGCCAGGCCAUCUCCGUGGUGGGCUCCCUGAGCUCCAUGUGCACCCUAGAGGAGGAGGCACCCCAGGCCAAGAGGAGGCCAGAGCCCAUCAUCCCCGUCACGCAGACCCGGCUGGCAGGAGCUGGCGGGCGCAAGAAAAUCUUCCGACUGAGUGAUGUGCUGAAGCCCCUGACCGAUGCCCAGGUUGAGGCCAUGAAGCUGGGCGCUGUGAAGCGGAUCCUGCGAGCUGAGAAGGCCGUGGCCUGCAGCGGGGCGGCCCAGGUGCGCGUCAAGAUCCUGGCCAGCCUGGUGACACAGUUCGACUCGGGCCUGAAGGCCGAGGUCCUGUCCUUCAUCCUGGAGGAUGUGCGGGGCCGCCUGGACCUGGCCUUCGCCUGGCUCUACCAGGAGUACAGUGCCUACCUGGCAGCUGGUGUCUCAGGCGCCCUGGACAAGUAUGAGGACUGCCUCAUCCGCCUGCUCUCCGGCCUGCAGGAGAAGCCGGACCAGAAGGAUGGGAUAUUCACCAAGGUUGUGCUGGAGGCGCCGCUGAUCACCGAGAGCGCCCUAGAGGUGAUUCGCAAGUACUGCGAGGAUGAGAGUCGCACCUACCUGGGCAUGGCCACCCUCCGAGACCUGAUCUUCAAGCGCCCGUCCCGCCAGUUCCAGUACCUGCAUGUCUUGUUAGACCUCAGCUCCCACGAGAAAGACAAGGUGCGCUCCCAGGCCCUGCUGUUCAUCAAGCGCAUGUAUGAGAAGGAGCAGCUGCGAGAGUAUGUGGAGAAAUUUGCCCUCAACUACUUGCAGCUCUUGGUCCACCCCAACCCCCCAUCUGUGCUGUUUGGAGCCGACAAGGACACAGAGGUGGCAGCGCCCUGGACCGAGGAGACGGUCAAGCAGUGUCUGUACCUCUACCUGGCCCUCCUGCCUCAGAACCACAAGCUGAUCCAUGAGCUGGCAGCUGUGUACACUGAGGCCAUCGCUGACAUCAAGCGGACAGUACUGAGGGUCAUCGAACAGCCGAUCCGAGGAAUGGGCAUGAACUCACCAGAGCUGCUCCUGCUGGUGGAAAACUGUCCCAAGGGGGCAGAGACGCUGGUCACUCGAUGUCUGCACAGCCUCACUGACAAAGUACCACCCUCCCCAGAGCUGGUGAAGCGGGUCCGGGAUCUCUACCACAAGCGCCUGCCAGACGUCCGCUUCCUCAUCCCUGUGCUCAAUGGGCUGGAGAAGAAAGAAGUGAUCCAGGCCCUGCCAAAGCUCAUCAAACUCAACCCCAUCGUGGUGAAAGAGGUCUUCAACCGCCUGCUGGGCACCCAGCAUGGAGAAGGGAACUCAGCCUUGUCCCCGCUGAACCCCGGAGAGCUGCUGAUUGCACUGCACAACAUCGACUCGGUGAAGUGUGACAUGAAGUCCAUCAUCAAAGGCUCUCCUAAGGCCUCACAGGCCUGUCUGCCCGUCCAGACCACCUGCUGCCUGCGAGGAUGCUGACUUCCUCUUGUGGAUGAGAACAUGGAGAGUCCAGAGAGGUUAAGUAGCUUGCUCAGGGCCACACAGAAGCUAAGUGGUGUAGUGGAAAGAACACCCUGAAGUCAGGUGGACCUGAGUGGAAAGCCCAUUUCUGCCCGUGCACGGUGCCCCGGGUCUCAAGGCCGCCUCCCGCGGGAAGACCUCUCUCAGCUCUCCUCUGUGCUCCCCUCAAUCCCUCCUUGAAGCAGGUUUCUGGCCCGAGAAGCCAUCCUUUCCCACAGACGUGGAAACCCUUACUGUCACCCACCCUCCUCGGAAGUCAGCUGUCCCCCAACUCCUCCUCACUUCUGAGAAGAGCGGGGUGGCUCCUGUCCUUGCCCCUUAGUUUCAUGUCCGGCCUGGAAUAGCUUCUUCAGCGACUUAUUUCCUGGCCUUCCUCUGCAAGUUCUCUGAGAAACUUUAAGGCCAAGAGAGGAGCUUGUGAAAAUUUAAAACCCAUACUACAGCUGAGGAGGAGCUGAGGUCGCUGGAGGAAGAGCAGCAAAGUGAAAACGGUCUCCACGCUUAGAGAGGCCAGGAGUGCUUUUUAUGUGGGCCUGUUAAGGUGGGCUCUUCGGGGAUCUCAGGAAAAACGGGCCCGUUCCCAAGGAUGGAAUGCUCACAGUUUUAUGUACAGUUUGCAGGGAUUCACAGAAACCUCACUGCCCGCUCAGCCCUUUAAUGGGCCCAGAGUCUCUGAUCUUACACAGGGAAGCGAAGGCCCAGACAGGACAAGGGCCUUGCUGCAGGGCACACAGGAGCCGGCAGCCAGGCCCCUAGAUCUGUUGUUAAGGCCUGGCCUUUAGAACCCCACUUGUUUCUUCCUACGAGCCCAGACCCGCACACAGCCUCGCCUCCUGCUGAGCUCCCAGCAGCCCUCCAGCUGGUCUCCUGCACCCUGUUCCUCCCCAGCACCCGAUCCAGCCAGCUCCCAGAGCACGUUUCUCUGCCCAGGCACCAGUGGUUUGCCUGGUUCCACUAGUAACCCCACUCCAGUUCCAAAGUUCAGUCUGUUCUGUGCACCAUUGAAAUCCCCAGUGCCUGAUAGUAUAACCAGUCAGUCAUUCCUAGCAUUUACAACCCCCUUAAACCACCCUUUCUUUGGCGAGUUCUUUUAUAACGACCUGCCCGCAAUGAUCUGGUCCAGUAAUUAACAAAACUCUCUGAGCACCUCUGCUUAGCCCCGUGUUGGGCAGGGCGGGGACAGCAGGGAUGGAAACAGCUCUGGCCCUGUCCCCCUGGGGCUCCCAGUCCAUGUCUAGAUAGUAACAACCCAGAGUGAGCAAGGUUGGGACAGGGGACUCCAGAGGGGCCACCUGACCCUCUUCGGUGUGGGACAUCAGGGAGGGCUUCGUGGAGGGAGGGACACCUGAGCUGAAACCACAGAAGGGUGAGGUAGCAGGAAAGAGGAUGAUGCCAGAGAAAGGAAGAAUGUUUGCAGAGGCCAAGAGAUGCACCAGCACGACCCGGUUCUGGAACUGCAGAGCCGAAGCUGGCUGUCUUACUUGGGCAAAGGGACCUGGCCGGGAGGUGAUGUCAGGCUGUAACCACUGAGAAAACCAUGCCUGAGCCCCACCCACAGUAGGGUCUCCUAGGCCACAGUGGGAGUUUGGACUUGAUCUCUUGAGGGCCUCAGGGGGGUAUGAGGUCAGGUUGACUUUUGAGAGACCCUUUCGGCUGCUAUAUGGAAGGUGGGUUAGAGGGAUGGGAGGGAGACCCAGAGGAGGCUGGGGCAGAGUUCGGGGAGGAAAGGAGAAGGGGCUGGUUCUGGAGGCUUUUGGGCAGAGCAGGCAGGAGCCAGCGAUUACCUGGAAAGGAGGGGGAGGACCUUAGUUUCUGGCAGGGCCUCUCUGGCAGUUUCCUCACCUUCUAUACUUUUUUCCUCUGCCCCUUUGGCCUAAGUACACACCCACCCUGUCCCACCUCCAGCUUCCCUGCCUGUCUACCUGUAAUCCCCUAUCCUCCCCCAUUUCCUUAUAGUAGCACCCCCAUUCCUUACAGGCACUCACCCUAUAUGUUCUCAAGGAUUGGGGGCCUCUCUUUUGGCUCAAUAAAGACUUCCUGGUUGACAGACUCA